AUGGAUAUCGCCUACGAUCACAUUCAAGAAGAGGCCUUCUCCAACAAAGAAGAAACCUCUACCGACUCUAAAUCCCAAGAGCCCAAUGUCAACCUUAACGACGAGCUACAGGAAACCUUCCGCGCUUUCUCCGCCAGUCCGUGGGGUUCCCGAAUCGGCGGGCUCUGGGACAACGUACGCAAGCAGGGCGAAACAUACUACGAAGGUGCUCGCCAGGAGUACGCCGCUGCCAGUGAGGAAGCUGUGAAGGGAUUUUCAGACCUCAAGGAAACAAUCGUCGACCGGACAAAGGGGCUGUCUCUCAGCACAGCUACUCUGACGGGCAGUGGCGAGGGACAGAUUGAUGAGAACACCACACCCAAGGCUUCGGCGGAUGGCGAAUCUCAGGAGAAGGGAGCCGAAGGCGCAGGCGCCAGCGGAGAGAGUUUCAUCUCCCGGUUCAAGGCCGAAGCCGCCCGGCGGCUAAAGGAGAUUGAGAAGGCCGAAGAGGCAGCCGACGAAGCGAUUAUGCGAUUUGGAAUGAACAUCAGCCAGAAGCUGCGAGAGGCAGUUAGCAUUGUCCCGCCCGAAACGGAUGAGUCAGGCAAGCUUCUUUUCGAGAGCAAGGAUGCCGAAGGCAAGCGGGUCAUUCACGCCACCCGGUUUGAGGCUCAACUGCAUGUUAUCCACUCGAACCUGGAAAGCUUCACCAAGGACCCAGUCAGUGAUGAAUGGCCUGCUUUCAAAAAGGAAUUCAAUGUUGAGAGCAAGACCGAUGAGAUCGCCGCCGACUUGGAGAAAUACCCCGAGCUUCGUUCCGCCAUGGAGAAGCUCGUGCCGGAACAGGUGGAAUACGCGGAGUUCUGGGUUCGUUACUACUUCUUGCGUCUCGUCGUUGAGACCGAGGAGAAGAAGCGCAAGGAGCUUCUGAAAGGCGCCAACGCCGAAGACGAGGAAGAAGUUGGCUGGGAUGAUGAGUCUGACUCCGAGUCCCAGUCUCCCUCUACUCCUCAGAUUCGCCCCGGCAACCAGACUCUCACCCCAAAGGCGGAUACGCCGAAAGCCGAGCCUCGCCGGUCAAACGAUCAAAACUCCCAGGCCGACAGCGAAUCCAGCUACGACGUUGUCAGCGGCGCCGCUAGCCGGACACCUGGGAGCCCCAAGGAAAAGAGUGCAGCCGAUGCGAAGGCAGAGGAGAGUGACGAGGACUGGGAGUAA